AUGGGAUUUGGGGACAAACGGCUAAUAUGGUUGGAAGAAAGCGUUUUUAAGAGUUACAUGUCCAUCCUUGUGAAUGGGAGCCCGACGAAAGAUUUCUUGGUCCAAAAGGGAUUGAGGCAAGGGGAUCCCUUAUCUUCGUUCCUCUUUGUUUUAGCAAUGGAAGGUCUUACCUCUUUAGUGAGGAAAUCGGUGGAGCUAGGGGAUUUUAAACCUUUUAAGUUUGGAGAAGGGGAGGUUGUGGAUAUUUUACAAUUCACGGAUGAUACCAUCUUGCUUAGGGAGCCGUCGAUUGAUAAUCUUUGGUGCUUGAAAGUUGUGUUGAGAGGGUUUGAAUUAGUAUCGGGUUUGAGAAUAAAUUUCAUGAAAAGCAAUUUUAUGGCGUUAAUGUUGGGUGGUUUGGAUAUUAGGGAUGUUGGAGAAAUCAAUAAGGCGCUCUUACUCAAAUGGAAAUGGAGAAUCCUAACGGAUGACAAGUCCAUAUGGAGUAGUUUUCUAAAAGAGAGAUAUGUAGAGCCGAAAUUAAAGGUGCAAGGCUUAGUAGUGGAAGGCCCUAAAUCGAAAUAUUACAUGUGGUGGAGGGAUGUUAUUGCUAAUGAUGUAAAGACGGAAGCAAGUGAUGAAGGGUUCAUGAGUAAUACUCGGUUAGACGAUUGCUAUUGUUGGCAGCCCACUGUUUUCAUGGGCUCAACAGCUUUUGAAGCCGUGGCAGCAUCCAGCACAGUUUUUGCGAAUCACUGGAAGCAGUUCCUUGUUCUGCUGGAUACGGUCCGGCCAAGUGACAGUUUGGAGGACAGGUUCGAGUGGAUGCCGAAUCCUAGAGGCACAUUCUCGGUGGCCAGCAUUUCUACUCUGUGUUCUCUUGCUAAGCAGUGUGCUUGGGAGCCCCUAACGGUGAGAAUUCUGAAAAUCUUAUGGCGUAUGGAUCUUUCGUUAAGGAUUAUUAUCGUUGCUACGAGAUUUUUCACUUCUAGACUUCCUACCAUUGACUCUUUGAUUGUAAGAGGAGUUGCUAAUAUUCCUAAUUUGUGCUGCGUUUUUUGUGGGGUUCAUCCGGAGUCAUUAUUGCAUGUUUUUUUCUCUUGUCAAGUAUCGAUGAAUGUGUGGGAGCGGGUUUAUACUUGGCUAGGGGAAGAAGUUCCUUUUACUUUGCAAGAGUUCAAAGAGUUCCUUGUUGUUCAAGAGAAGUUGGUUAGCUAG